UCACCCAGCCUGCUGCACAGCUCCUCAGAGAAGAACAACAACAACUCGAGGAAGAGCAGAAGGCUGCCAUGGUGUCAGCGGGCUUCCAAAUCCUGGGCGCCGCCCUCGGGAUCAUCGGGUGGAUCGGUGCCAUCGUCGUGUGCGCCCUCCCCAUGUGGAAGGUGACGGCUUUCAUCGGCAGCAACAUCGUCACCUCACAGACGGUAUGGGAGGGCAUCUGGAUGAGCUGCGUGGUGCAGAGCACAGGCCAGAUGCAGUGCAAGGUCUACGACUCCUUGCUGGCGCUCAGCUCAGACCUGCAGGCCGCACGUGCCCUCAUAGUCAUCGCCAUCGUGGUGGGCAUCAUGGCCAUCCUGCUGUCGGUGGCCGGGGGCAAAUGCACCAACUGCGUAGAGGACCCGGCCUCUAAGGCCAAGGUGGGAGUGGCUGCCGGGGCGGUCUUCAUCGCCGCUGGCGUCCUCUGCCUGAUUCCCGUGUGCUGGACGGCCCACAGCGUCAUCCGAGACUUCUACAACCCUCUGCUGGUCAGUGCCCAGAAGAGGGAGCUGGGCGCGGCACUCUACAUUGGCUGGGGGGCAGCCGCCCUGAUGAUCAUUGGAGGCAGCUUGCUAUGCUGCAACUGCCCCCCGAAGGACGAAGGCUCAUACACUGCUCGUUACAAAGCAGCACGCUCCGACGCCUCGGCGCCGGCAUCCGCAAUGGCGUCUCAGGGCCUCCAGAUGCUGGGCGUGCUGCUGGCCUUCGUGGGCUGGUUGGGCGCCGUCGUCACUUGCGCGCUGCCAAUGUGGAGGGUGACGGCCUUCGUGGGCGCCAACAUCGUGACGGCGCAGGUGAUCUGGGAGGGUCUGUGGAUGACCUGCGUGGUCCAGAGCACGGGCCAGAUGCAGUGCAAGGUCUACGACUCCAUGUUGGCGCUGCCUCAGGACCUGCAGGCGGCCCGUGCCAUGGUGGUCAUCUCAGUGAUGGUGGGUGUGCUGGGCGUGCUGGUGGCGGCGGUGGGGGGGAAGUGCACCAACUGCGUGGAGGACGAGACGGCCAAGGCCAAAGCGUGCAUUGUGGCGGGCGUCAUGUUCGUCAUCGGGGCCCUGCUCGUCAUGAUCCCGGUGUCGUGGUCGGCCCACGCCGUCAUUCGAGACUUUUACAACCCGCUGGUGACCGCCUCUCAGAGGCGGGAGCUCGGUGCUGCGCUAUACAUUGGCUGGGGCGCAGCAGCCCUGCUGCUGCUGGGAGGUGGGCUGCUCUGCAACAACUGCCCCCCUAGGGACGAACGCCCCUACGUGCCUGCAAAGUUUGUGUCUGCCAGGAGCGCCUCGUCCAACGUGGACUACGUGUGA